GAGCGACUUCUGUUCGUCAACGACGAUGAGCAGUGAAAACGAACCCUUAAUUUCGAGCGCCGAAGAUGAGACAGUGCGGCGGGACUCUCGCACACUUCGUGACCGCGCACUCGUCUGGUCCGGCCUGGCUAUUGUAUUCAUCGUUGUUGCGGUCGUUGCUCUGGUCAACCCAGGCUUUGUAAGCGACACUGGACUUUCGGGAAAGCUGCCCCGGGAUCCUAAGCUUGCAGCACAGCGUCUGCUCGACACUGCUCCUGUAAUCGAUGGGCACAUUGAUCUUCCUAUGGUUGCUCGCUUCGGCUGGCGUAACAACGUCACCGAUGUUCCUCUUGACGGUCAAAUGCCCAUGCAUGUGGAUAUUCCGCGUCUGAGGGAAGGGAAAGUUGGAGGAUUCUUUUGGUCUGUAUAUGUAGGUUGCGCAAGCCCUGAAGAUGAGGGUGCCGAUUUCUUGAAAGCUACCUGGCGCGUCCGAGACACCCUCGAGCAAAUUGACGUAGCAAAGGGCUUGAUAUCGAAGUAUCCUGGCGACUUUGCAUACGCUGUCAGCACAAGUGACAUUAAAUCAGCAAUCAGAAACCGCAAAAUUGCGAGCAUCCUAGGCGUUGAGGGUGCCCAUCAACUCGGGAACUCUAUUGCUGUCCUCCGCCAAUACUACGAACUUGGGGUUCGCUACGUCACUCUGACCCAUACUUGUCACAAUGCUUUCGCUGAUUCUUGCGGUUUCUUGGCUCCGAGUGUCCCACGGCACUACGGCCUCAGCCCUCUUGGCUUCAGGCUCGUGGAGGAGAUGAACAGACUUGGAAUGCUUGUCGAUCUUUCUCAUACUUCUGACAUGACUGCAACCCAGGCCCUCCUGCACUCUAAGGCCCCAGUCAUCUGGUCUCAUUCGUCUGCCAGGGCCAUCCAUGAUGUUGCCCGCAAUGUGCCUGACGAAGUACUUGGUCUCGUCGGUUUCGGCGAAGGGCAAAGAGAUGCUGUUGUCAUGGUCAACUUCAAUGGUCCGUUUGUUGCUGACGAUGGCGAGGCUGACAUUGAAGCCGUCGCCGAUCACGUUGAACAUAUCGCAAAAGUUGCUGGAGUGCAACACGUCGGUAUCGGGAGCGACUAUGAUGGCAUUUCUGUUACUCCGAAGGGACUCGAGGACGUUUCAAAGUAUCCUGCUCUGAUAGCUGAAUUGCACCAACGCGGAUGGAGCAAGCGCGAUCUGGCUGGGCUCACUGGGGGCAAUUUCCUUCGGGUAUUCGAAGGUGCAGAGAAAGUGGCCAAAGAAUUGCAAGCUGCAGGAACCUUGCCAAAAUACGACAUUUACGAUAAGAGAGAAGACUUGCCCAUUUACAAGCCUUGAUGCGUUCCGAGAGGUGUGGUACGUCUAUUUACAUAACUAUCUGGGAAUUGUUGCAGUUGCGAAUGUAAUUUGCUAUGUUGAUUUAUGCGUUAUUGAUAUAAAAUUAUUUGAAGAAGUUA